AUGGUCCUCAUCAACACGAGGACAUGCCUACGAUGCCAGUUUCGCGAGGUCCUCUGCCGCACGCAGCGCCGCCAGUCGCCACGCAUUCAGUGCCGCGAGUUUUCCAGCAGUCGACGGGUGUGCCAGGACGCGAGCGAUGAUGUGUUACUGAGGCAAAAGCCAUACUACUGGAAGCAUCUUAACGAAGGGGAAAGAGUAGUCGGCAAGCCAGGGAGAAGGCAAAGAGUGGUGUCUGAGGGUCUUUCCACCACUUCUUUGGGCAGACCUUCCAACGUUAUAGUGUUCCGGGACUUGAAGGAAGAGCCCAGCAAAGCAGUUUCAACGCGAGAACACGAGAAGCAGUCUUACAAUCACGAGGACGAUCCGCCCCAAAAGGCCAGACUGAGCGCCCAGGAUAUCGAGCAUGCGAUUGCAGCUCGCCAUGCUGCUCCUAGAGAUGAAGAAGUCCACGCAUCAAUAGAUGCCCUUCGUCCGGACGAGACAAUCCAGAGUCAGCGUGACUUCGAUAGAAUGCAGAAGGUCCUUUCGAAGAGUUACACUUUCCAGCAAUUGUCGCGUUAUCUGGCCAGGUCGUUACAAAAUGCCACAUCUGCGGUAAAGUCGAAGAAUGUACGACGUCUCGAAGUCUCUCAAUGGCAGCCUGGCCAGACGCCGCUGCAACAGCGCAGGAAGCUUGUCGUCAACAAAAGCUCGGCAAGUAAAAAGUCCGUCUUGGUAGAUCAAAUCCUGCGCCUAGUAUGGCACGUCACUGUUCACAGCGAAGCUCAAGAGGUCGGCGAGUUUGAGAUCAAAGUGCAGCCAUGGCAGCUAUCCAUGCUGUUCGAUCUUGUCGACAAUGGCAGGCCGCUCUAUGAGAGUCUGAUCGGCUCCAGGAUUCUGCUUGAGGCCUGCGAACUUCACUCGUGGCCAGAAGACAACACGCUGAGGAUUACUGGCCGUCGGCAGGACACGGAAGAGAUCGCCCGCCAGCUGAAACUUGCAUUAUUGGGUGGUGAUCGCCUGAUCUUGGAUCUCAAGGUGUUCGUGCCACUCAUGAUGAAUGAUGCACAUCGGAAUGACCUGAGCAAGAUCCUGUCCGAUGAGAACAUCCGGCAUAUAUCAGAGCUGACCAAGACUGUCCUCGAAGUCCGCGAGAAUGGCGUUAUGCAUAUCUAUGGCCUACAAGAAUCGGCUCGAGGUAAUGCUCGGCGAUUACUCGUGGCGCUUCUCGGAUUGUCAGGACCGUGCUCGCACUCUCAGAUAUUCUCCGUGAACGAUACAGCGACUGGAUGUGGCGAUCUUGUUCCCAAGCAUUUGCCACUAACAGCCACAGCUGCCAGUCAGAGCAGUGGGCUUCAUCGACGGUUCGACGAUUUCGAGCUUGGUCGUUUGACGAUUCAGCAAAGCGUAAUCGAACUCACUCGAAAUACCUUUCAGGACCGAGCUGCCGCGACGAGUACUGGAGACGCCACAUUGCGGGAGUCUGAAGAAUCUGCGAUGCAGGUACAACCCACUGCCAAAGCCCUUUCUUCACACCUUGACCAUCUUCCUGAGCCGUCGUACAUUGUACCAGGUACACGGCAUUGUCCAAAAUCUUACUGGCGCGAUCAGAUCCAGGUAGAUGACUGGGAAGCGGAAUAUUGCUUAGUGUUGUCAGAGCGGCAUUCUGAUAGCCAACCGACGAGACAGAAGAAGAAGAAGACUACCUUGCAACGCAAGACUACUGAUGAUUCGAACAAGGCUGUCCUUCAGCGAGCGGUGCCAGGCAUCGAGCCCCUUCUUUCACACUUUGAUACAACCCAUAUACCUCAAGUGCUUCAUCGAAGAUCGAACGACAAUCGCGGUUCUCGCAGCACCUUCGACCCUCGCACGCCGUAUCUCAGUGCACACUUUGUACCGUUCACUUCGCACACACCAUCUGCCACCCUACCCAGGCUUGAGAUGCGCUUCAGAGUGCUGCCUCCUACUGAUCAAAGUAGGGACCGCAGACUACUGUUGACGAAAGUCAAAGCGGUCCUUGAUACGCAGGCAGUCAUGGUACCACUGGCGCACUGUUCAGGAGACGUGCGCUUCUCAAGGAGUUCCUCAUUGCUUGUCGAUAUAGGGGCAGCAAGACAAGAUAGCGCCAUUCGUACCUUCAUGCACAAGCUGCAAGACUCUGUCGACGCCGGCGAAGGCUCCCUGAGUGCUCCUCCUGAAUUGAGGUUCAAGCUGCCCCGUUGGCUCGUCAAUGGUGAUGAAGGCACAGGAAUGACCACGAACGAUGUGGAAGUGCCAUACCUCUUUGAACGAUUUGAGCAGACCCAAAGGAUGGUGUUCACAGCACAAGAGAGUCACGAUUCAUCACCGAUCCUUGACCAGGACAUUCUGAGCGGGCUGGGUGCACUGUCUGACAACAUGUUCCUCGACUAUCGCGAGAUCGAGGGCGGUGCAAUGCAUGGGAGGUCAACGAGUCUGAGUGUUCGAAUGGGACAGCCGAUGUUCGGGGGAGCCGCAGACACUACUAGCACACAAUCCCAAGAAAGCAUACCGGCGGCCCCAGGCGAGCCGCAUGUGGAUACCGCGAAGAUGACAGGCAGCUCAGCAGUUCCAGGUACUGAUUCGAAUGCUCGACUCGGACGAACAGCCGGCAAUGUUGGAGCAAUCCAUGAGCCAUCUCAGUCCAUGAGUGACGUUGAGCGUGUAGACCAGAUCACAGAAGGCCCUCAGAAGACCAGCUCAUCACUUGCGCUUGCCAGCGCAGCUUUACACUUUGCAAGUCUAUUGACACGUGCUAGCUCAGGGUCGCUACUGCACAUGAGUGAGAGUAAGUGA